AUGCCUGUGAAAGACGCGAAUGUGGUCAGCACUGAGGAACCGGGACGAAGAAGGUCAGACAGCGAAAAUGGCGAUUCGCUUGAUUCUAUUGUCAACGGCUUGGAAGUUCAUGAGGGCAUCGAAAUAGAUAACGAGGCGUUUGGAAUCGUAUCAAACGAGAUGGCAGCUCAUGCCGGCACUGCAACCGUCGGACCCGCAGUGAAUAUAACAAAUCCGGCCCACGCAGAAGAAGUAGCUCCGACAAUGGAAGCGAAGGAAGAACAAGAUACGGAGAAACAAGUGUCCGAUGAUGAGCCCAAAUUGGCACCAAUCGAUAACGAUAUCAAUAAUUCAGAACCGGAAGAAACAGCACCAGCAGAAAUGAACGGGAGUGGUGAAGACGACUCUGGGACAACAGACGGUGCUACAGUUCCUAUUGAAAAACAUUUCUUUUCAACCGAAGUACAGCCUAAUUCCGACGAUACUACUUCUCUUGAUGCCCCUGCUGAAGAGCCUUCACCCACUGCAGUCGAUUCUGUUGUAGAUAACGAACAAAGGAAGCUGGACGAACCUCUACCAACAGAACAGCUACUACUGAAAAUGAACCAAUUCAGGAAUCUCUUGAUACCGACAAACCUCCAUCGUCGGCUGAAGUUCUCCAAACAAAAACUGAAAUCGACGAAAGCGGAUGAUCCUUCCGCUUCGAGUGCAGUUUCCGUUUUUAGCACUGUGUCGUCGGCUGUCGAGGAUAAUACAACACCCGUAUUGGAUAAUUUCUUAGAAAAGAAUUAA